AUGCCUCCGAUACGAACCUCGCGCAAUCGUAAACCACCGCCUGCAGGCUUCGAUGAUAUAGAGGACACUUUGCUGGAGUUCAGCAAUAAAAUGAAAGAUGCCGAAAACGCGCCACAUGAUGGAAAGAAGAAACAUGAGAUGUUAUGGCCGAUUUUCCAAAUAAGUCAUCAGCGCUCGAGAUACAUAUACGACCUCUAUUAUGAGAAAGAGGCGAUAUCAAAGCAGUUGUAUGAUUGGCUUCUCAAGAACAAUUAUGCGGACGCCAACCUCAUCGCCAAAUGGAAGAAACAAGGCUACGAAAAGGUAUCGUCAGAGUCCCUCAUAUGUUCCUGUCUGGAGCAAUAUCUAUCCGACCUUCCAGAAUAA